UGCUGAGUGUACAUUAAUGAGAAAUAAUUUCUACUUUAUCGUUUUUCAACUUUGAAUCACGGUACAUUUAUUCUGACUUUAUUGCCAAGACUUCACCAAAAAAGAUUCUUUCAAAGUAAAAGUGGAAACAUAUUUCUACAAAAAUAGUGUUUAUUUAUUAAACAUACCAUAAGUAUUUAACUACUUUAAAGUGAUAGAAGUCACACAAGUAGUUAAAUUGAGAUUAUAUGAGCGCAGGGAAUGUGUUUCACAUGAUUAUAAUAUAAAGACACCUGUAUCUGGAAGGUCUGGUCACUGGUGAAUCGGUAUUCCUGGCGAUGACAAUGCCAUAAAGACAAAAGAGCACAUCACCCCAACUGUGAAGCAUGGUGGUGGCAGCGUCAUGAUGUAGGGAUGAUUCUCAGUAGCACGCCCUGGAAGGCUUGUUAAAGGUCUGUUAGAGAAAAUAGAUUUGUUUUCCAGAAAAAAAAAAUACCUGAACAUACAGUCAACGCUGCACAGAAAUGGUUUAAAGAUAACAAGGCAAGUGUUCUUGAGUGGAUGGAACAGAUCCCAAACUUCAAUCCAAUUGAGAAUUCAUGGCCGGACUGAAAAAGGGCUCUUCACUCAUGACAGCUGUGCAACCUGACAGAGCUUAAGCAGUUUUGCAAAGACAAGUGGGGCAAAUUUGUAGUGUCCAGAUGUAGAAGGCUGAUCGAUAUCUGUCCACACACUGCAAUCACAUAUUUUACAUUUUAUAUUAUUUUUAAAGAAUUGACACUAAUGUGUAGGUAUUUGUUUUUACUGCGGCAUAAAAGAGCUCCUUUUUUUUGUAAAUUCAUGUCAAAAUGCCCAAAUAUAUUCAUGACAAUUCAAUGCUGAAAAGCAGUAAAAGGUAAAAAAUUUCCAAGGUGGGUGAAUACUUUUUAUAGGCCUUGUAUACUUGGUACUCCACUACCUAUAGUCACCAGCACACAUAGAAAAAUGUAACCCUAUAUAUAGUUCGAUGAAAUGACCCCACCUUCACCCUUCACACAUCGGUGCAUCAGUGACAAUAACAUGCAGAGUACUCAUUGGAGACAUUUUUCUGCGUUGUGAGCAUUUGUACUUUUAAUACUUAAAGUGCAGUUUGUUAACUUUUGUGACACUUUCAAUGCAGGCUACGCUUCCUCCACCACAUUUGCAGAUUGACAAAUACAAAACUGUUAAUUACAACAAUUAAUACGUAUGAUAAUUAAUAUUUGGCGCCCCAUGUGAGAUACUGUCAUUUCCACACUGAUGUUUUGUGUGUUUGCCAUCAAAGAGGCAUGCCUGCAGAUGGUAGCCGAGGUUGAGCUUCAAUCCCGGUCACCUUUAAGCUGUUUCUUCCCUUCUUGGCUCACACACACUCUCGUUCGUCGGUAAUACGCUUCACACCUUCCUUCUCACCCGCAUGGAACGGUCAGGGAAUUAGCCGCCCUGUCCGCGCGCAAUAAGCCAGGGGUUCCGGGAGCGCGCACGGAUUGUCCACCAUCUCAGCCCCUCAGGCGGUGCACCUCGCAUAUCUUAUCAUCCAUCUCCAUAGCGAAGAAACUGAUCCACCGCGACUACCGAGGGAUGAAACGGAAAAGAACGUAUGCCCUUCACCACAGCAAUGAGUGAGUCAUCGUCCUUUCACUCAGCGAAGCUAGUUUCAUUGGCCCACUCAUUGUCUGAGCUUGGACUCGAUGGAGCCAAUGGAGGCCCUGUCAACCCCCCUGACAACGACGAACCUCCACCUCCGGAGUCUGGCAUCGAGCUAGGCCCCGGGCUGUUUUUUGCUGAUGGAAAGAGAAAAGUGGACUACGUACUUUGCUACAAAUACAAAAAAAGGCGGGCAUCCAGGCCGCGUCUCUCCAUUACAUCCAAUGGAAGCUUACCCUUACCGAUACCGAUACUGAUACCAAGUCGACUGGAUUCAGAAGCAGAGUCAGGCGAGGCAGGUCCACCUGCAGGAGAUAUGGAGGAGUCAAAGCUGAGUGAGGAGGAAAAAGCUUUAAUGAGGGAGGAGUUUGAAUCAGGACUGCUGGAGGCCGGUCUACAGCUUGAGCGUGACAAAGAGAGGUCAAAUUGCCUAAGCUUUAUUCGGCUGCACAUCCCAUGGCCAAUUCUCAGCCGAGAGGCAGAGCUGCAGAAGAUCAAAGUUGCCGUGAAAAAGAAAUGUGAAUUGAGGAAACGGACAGGCACAGCAGGGACGUGGGAUUCCUUUGUGACCAAAGUCAACACACCGUUUCAACCAGACGUCCCUGACUUUGACAUCCACAAAGACUCACAGACAAACCUCCAUUUCAAAACCCUCAAACACCCUUUUAUCAGAGACAAACUCCACCUGUAUGACAUCAAUUCAACAGAAACCGUAUUUGACAAUGCGACACGAAGCAGAAUAGUUGCUGAGAUAAUUUCGCGUACUACUUGCAGACACUCUUGCCAGACCACUGGCAUCAACUCAUUGCUGGCUCGGGGCGUCUACAUCUCUGCCUAUCCUCUGCAUGAUGGUUCAUUCACAAGGAGAGGAAGGAGAGAUCAGCGAAAUGACAGACAGCUUCUCCAUGAAGAGUGGGCCAACUAUGGAGUCAUGCAUAAAUACCAGCCUGUGGACCUGAUCAGAAAGUACUUUGGAGAGCAGAUUGGGUUGUAUUUUGCCUGGCUGGGUGUUUACACUCAGCUCCUCAUCCCUCCCUCUGUACUGGGCAUCAUUGUCUUCCUGUACGGCAUAUUUACUGUGGAUGCCAAUGUGCCAAGUCAGGAGACAUGUGAUGACAACCUGAACAUUACCAUGUGUCCGCUCUGUGAUGGUGUUUGUGACUACUGGCAUCUGAGUACAGUGUGUUCACUGACCCGAGCUUCAUACCUGUUCGACAAUGGAGCCACUGUCUUCUUUGCUAUUUUCAUGUCUCUGUGGGCUGCUUGGUUCCUUGAACACUGGAAACGACGACAGAUGUGUCUGAAAUACUCCUGGGACCUGACGAGCUUGGAAGAUGAGGAGGAGCGAGUCAAGGAGGAGAUGAGGCCUGAAUACGAAGAAGCUCUACAGGAGAAGAAAGCUAAGGUUAAAGCAAUGUUAAAAAAGAAGAUGGCCCAAGCUGGCAAUGGUGUCGAUGGAGAAACGGACCAGAUGCUGGCCUCCCAGCAAGAACCAGAGUCAUUGGACAUUGAGGAUCACCUGUCAGGUUAUCUCAUCAACAUGUCCACGUUACUACUACUGAUCUUCGUGACCUUCUCAGCAGUGUUUGGGGUUGCCAUGUACCGUAUCUGCAUGUUAAGCGUGUGGUCCGUAAAUCCCGAUCCGGAAGCCAAGGGCAGUGUGAGGAUAACAGUCACCACCACAGGAAUCGUCCUCAACAUGCUGGUCGUUCUGGUGCUGGAGGAGGUCUACGGAGCGGUCGCUGUGUGGCUGACUGAGCUUGAACUUCCAAAGACAACGGAAGAAUUUGAAGAGAGGCUCAUCUUUAAGUCUUUCUUUCUCAAAUCCAUGAACGCCUUUGCACCAAUUUUCUAUGUGGCCUUUUUCAAGGGCAGGUUUGCUGGGCGACCUGGUGAUUAUGUUUACUUAUUUGGAAACUAUCGCAUGGAGGAGUGUGCUCCUCCAGGCUGUCUCAUUGAGCUGUGCAUCCAGCUCAGCAUGAUCAUGCUCGGAAAGCAGCUCAUUCAAAACAAUGUGUUUGAGAUUCUCAUACCCAAACUGAAAAAGAUGUACAGAACAAUACAGGAACAAAAAGGACAGAAAAGAGCAGAAGACGAUGAGGAGAAUGAAACAGAAGAGAGGAGACAAAAGCAACAAUAUGACAAAGAUUUCAUCCUUGAACCUUUUGAAGGUCUCAGUCCAGAAUACAUGGAAAUGGUAAUCCAGUACGGGUUCGUGACUCUAUUCGUGGCCUCCUUCCCGUUGGCGCCAGCAUUUGCUCUGCUCAACAAUGUCAUUGAGAUUCGUCUCGACGCUUCCAAAUUUGUCACGGAGAUCCGGCGGCCCGACGCUGUGAGGUGUAAAGACAUAGGGAUUUGGUACAACAUUCUCUGUGGAAUCAGCAAGUUCUCUGUCAUUACCAAUGCCUUUGUGAUUUCCUUCACGUCCGAAUUUGUCCCCCGAAUGGUUUACCAGUACAUGUACAGUGCAAACGGCACCAUGAGUGGCUACACCGAGCACUCACUGUCUUACUUCAACGUCAGCAAUUUUCCACCUGGCUCGGCGCCCACCAGCACCCUGAUCACUGGCGUCUCCAUGUGCAGGUAUAAGGACUACAGAGACCCACCUUGGGACACUGAUGCCUAUACCUUCUCCAAACAGUACUGGUCUAUCCUGGCUGCAAAACUGGCCUUCGUCAUAUUCUUUCAGAACCUUGCCAUGUUCCUCAGCAUGCUGGUUGCCUGGAUGAUCCCAGACGUACCACGCUCCCUGCGGGAACAGCUACAGAAAGAGAACAUGAUGUUGAUGGAGUUUCUGCUGAAUCAAGACCAAGAACCAUGUGCCAAAUCUCACACCCCAAGACACUCACUUUACCCCACCAGCAUAGAGAUUGUGGUGGAGGCGCCGCCAGAAGACAAAGAGGAGGAACAAGUCAAGGAGGAGGACGAAGAUGGGGUUGAGAUCAAUAUAGGCGAGUCCAGAAGGAGCAGCGACAGCGAUCCAGAGAUUGGGAAGUCUUUCGAAGAAGUUGAAGAAAAUGAACAAGAAGAGCGAGAAGGUGAAGGAGAAGAUGAGGGUGGAGAAGCUGCACGGACAGAAAUGGAAACAGGGGCAGAAGUAAAGGAAGAAGAUGGAAAGGGAGGUGAUGAGAAGGAGGGAGGAGAGGAAAAAGAUGAAGGAGAACAGAAAAAAGAAGAACAUGAGGAAGAAGCAAAGGCAGUUGAGAACGAGAAUUUUACUGUAGAUCUGGAUUCCUUCAUGAAUGAGUUGGGCCUGUUAGAUGAAGAACCCUCGUCGAGCGCAUCCAGAGACGAGGAGCUUCCUCGCUCAGGCUCUGAGCAAGAAAACCAGACCGACAAGGAGCCUGUCUCUCUUCCAUCAUCUAAAAGAGGCUCAUCCCAGAGUCUGAAGGGCUCCAGAGCAGAAAUUACAGCAUCAGACUCAACUAGAAUCUUCUCACUAAUUGCCCCUCCCCCCAAGGAGCAAGGUUCAAGGGCAAAGUCCCGCUGCUCCACCCUGCCUUCCCGCCACAGAGGUGCUGAGGCUUGUUACAGCCUGCCACGGCCCAGCCACUCCACCAGCCUCACAAAGUUCCAGCAGCCGGCCACACUCACAACCCCGGUUCCCCUGGGCUCUUCAUCCAACCCAUUCUCCCCCGCACACAGCCCAGCAUUUUCACCAUCAGCAUCAUCAUCACAGCCCACACUGGCCCAACAACCCGAAGCAUCAGCUGAACUAUUUGUGCUGAAAGGCCCUCCGCCUCAGCAGCCACGCUCCAGGGGCAAGGCCCGGUGCUCCACCCUGCCUCCGCGACAGCGUGCUCCGGGUCCAGAGGACCACUCCACAAAGCCAAGUCAUUCUACCAGCUUUACAAAGCUCGGAGACCGCAUUCCCCCUUCUCCCAGUGAACUAAAGCGCAACACACCCGUAUGAGGAGAGCUGCAAGGUGAGGGGAAGAGGGGAGGACGAGGACUAUCCAGAUUAGCCUCUCCCGUCUGUGCCUGGAGACGCACCCCUCCUUCUGUUGUUCCUAUCUGUGUACACCUGGGGUCAGAAAAGAGACCAUCCAGAUCAUCUGAACUUUUUAUCCUCUUAAUCUUCACAGAGAUAUUUAUACCGCUCAGUGGUUUAGGACUGAUUCUGACAAGGGGAGCACAGGACAGUUCAGAGAGAAAUGUCUCUGAAACCCUCCUUGCCAUGUCCGAUGAAAACACCACUGGAACUCUGUGUUUUUUUUGAUGUUUUGUUUUUUUGUUGGUUUUUAUUGUUGGUUUGUUUUUUGCCCACAGCCACAGCUCAAUAGCCAAUGCCCCUCUGUUAUUUUCAGCCCCAUACAUGCAGCAGUGCUGCCUUAUAGACCAGAGGAAGAUGACGAUAUAUACAUCACAGCUAGUAUCAACAGUUAUGCUUGUAGAUUUACUGAUUAUUUUUAGAGGUUUUGAUAUAUGAAAGUUGUCAAAUCGUAAUAAAUGAACCACAUAUUUUUUAUGA